AUGACUGCCAACACCGUUUACUUCGUCACUGGUGCCAACCGUGGAAUUGGCCUUGAAUUGGUCACCCAACUUGCCGCUAGACCAUCGACUGUCGUCUAUGGAACUGCUCGUAACCUGAGCGCCGCCAAAGAAUUGCACCAGUUGGCUGCAAAGUACCCAAACUUCAAGCCAUUGGAGGCCGAUGUUACUAAGCAGGACACCAUUGAGGCGGCUGCUAAGCUUGUUGAUGAAGAACAAGGUCACGUUGAUAUUUUGCUUAGCAAUGCAGCCCUCGCCGAUGAGUACGUUCUCGUCAAGGACUUUGAAGUUGACAGUUUGUCUCGUUUCUUUGAAACGAACACUAAGGGCCCAAUCAUUGUCUAUAAGGCAUUCCGUCCUUUGCUGUUGAAGUCUACUCAAGAGAAGAAGCUUGUGUUUCUCUCGACCAUUGCCAGUUCUAUCAGUCAGUACUAUCCUCUUCCUUGUCCUGCUUACGGUGCUUCCAAGGCUGCCAUGAACUAUCUCGUUAGGGCCAUUGCUGCCGAGUCCAAGGACGAUGGUUUCAAAGUCAUUUCCCUUCAUCCUGGUGCUGUCUCAACUGAUGCUGGCAAACUUGGUGCUCAAAACAUUGAUUUCGCUGGACUUGGAAUUGAGGUCAUUACACCAGCAAAGAGUGCUGAGAGAGUUCUGGCCAUCACAGACGAACUUGAUGUUAGCGAUAAGUUUUACAGCUACACCGGCGAUGAAAUGAAGUGGUAA